UCAAUAUUCCUUGUGUCAACGAAAGGUCAUCCGAUUUGCGUGAUCUUGUGAGUCUUACGUACGAAUAGGUUUCCACUUUGGCUCGAAUUUCAUGACCACACGCGAAAACAUUGUUAGUUAAAAACACACCCGUAACCAAGGGAUAAACACGAUCAUAAGGACGACAAUCACGACCAAGCAGUGAAGGAGACAGAGUAACAAUUCUUGAUUCAGGAUUCUUAAGGAGAAUAUGGUGUCGUAUCGGUAAUGACUCGUGAGUCUUCACACGAAAAGUUUCCUGCUCAAGUACUUACGGAACUGGCUGCCUUUCGCCCUUUUCGUACUCAUGACAAAGAUGGGCAUUUACACUUCUGUUUCGACAAAAAAAUUAAACAGAAUGCUUUCAACAACCUUAUUAUGAGUAGCACACCUUACAGAUGUUCAUUAGGAAAAACUCGGCCAAAGGAGGCGAAACCCAAAAGGACAAAACCAGCGAAUGAAGAUCGCAUUAGGACGGACGAAGAGUUGUCUUCCGCUUGCUUGUCUCUUCCUAAAAUACCUUCGGCUGCUGAGCUUAUCCGAAGAAAACAUGAAUGUAUUAAAACAUCAGUGGCUAAGCAUGAUUCAAGUGAACUUGAGAGCGAUGAAGAACACCACUGUGAUUUUCUGUCUUGCGGUCCCCUGAAGAUUGAAGAACAAGUUCGCGAGUCAGUUCAGUCUGCUCGAGAGACGACGAGGGAAUCAAGAUCAAGAAGUUUGCCACUUAUCUUAAACAGAGAAAAUACUUCAUCUUGUUUAAAAUGCAAUACUCGAGCGUGUAAAUUUAGACUUCAAACCAGAGAAAGUUAUCCUUCGAAGGCCGUCUGUCGACAGUGACCUUUGCUAUUUGCGAGACAAUUCAUUAAUUGAUCAAGAUUUUACGAAAGUUAUGGAGGAUGGCUCGAGGGUUACAGUCAAGCAAAGGAGGCUCUUUAUUGAAAUAUUCAUGCCGAGGACGUCAUGAAUGCACCUGAACGAAAACAAACCAUGUCUGUGAAAAGCGGAAGAUCAGACGAUCCGAUACAAUGAAAAACAAAAUUGAAGGUCAAGAUGAGAUUGAAACGUAUGCAAAUUUUUCAUAGUACAUACUUACAGUAUGUCUAAAAUUAUCUCUAUUGAGACAAUUAAAGAAUUUUUCAAGACUACAUUAAUUUAGAGCGUUGAAUUAUUUUCCAAAAAAUUUCGGAGGGUAGCGGAGCCUUGCUAUUAGGGAGAGACUACAAGUGACUGUAAGAUGGCAAGAUGAUUUAAUUCAGUACCUACCCUACCCGAUGGAAGAUAGGCCGGGUAGCAGAAUUCACAUAUAAGUUGAGAGCCACAGAGUAAGUUUGAAAAUUCUUCCGUUUCAAUUUAGACUGAAAUGGUAUACUAUUGGAUUUCAGUAUUCCACAAAUGAAAAACAUUCUCGAAAAUUUGAAGGUGGGCUAGAUGGCGGUCCAAGAUGGGUAAUAACACUGAUUUAAUUUGUAGUCGAAAACAUGGGUCCCAAAAACGAUGAAUGGUGCGUUACGUGUGCGUUAUUUUAAAAACGAAAUGUAUCUGGACUAGUCAAAACUGAAAACACUGAAAUAAGCGCCCGUGAGGCCCAAGACCCUCGUCGAAAAUGGCCUCUUAGCUUAUUUGAAACUUUCGCAUGGUGUUAAAGAAAGGGUUGAAUAAACGCGAGGUGGAGAGGGAGACGGGAACGUUUUAUUGCAGCCCGGCCUUCUCAAUCCUCUUUCACGUUUGCGUCCUAUGUAAAUCUUGUUCAUUGUGCCCUGACACUUUUUAUUGACAAUCAUGCAACACAGCUCUGCUGUUAUUUGUUUUCUUCUUUCUAACCACGUGCACAAGUAUGCUUUUUAAUGUUUG